AUGUUCUCAGAUCUAUGGACUGAGGGAACUACUGAUGCAUCCGAAUGUAGCAAUGAAAAAGUUUUUAUAAAUUAUCCACUUCCCCAAGAUUUAGUAAUGCAAGUCUUUCCUAAUUUGACAUUAGAUAAUACUGGUAAUAUUUGGUUAGGUGAGAAUUAUUCUGAGAGUGGCAUUUUAGAGCAUCCAUUAUAUAGAGAACAAGGUAUAUACAUAAAGUGGAACUACUCAAGGUAUCGCAAAAAUUUACUUAGUAUAUCAAAAGAUCUUGCAUUUCAAGAAAAUAGAAAAAGAAGUAAAAAUAAAAUUUAG